AUGGAAUACAACAAUACCAAACCUCAGCUCUCCUCCCGGGCUAACGCCUUCUCCAUCGCGGCGCUCAUGUCAACUGGAAACUCCAAGGACAAGGGACUUCAGGAGAACACCAUCAAACCGCUGGAACAGUUUGUGGAGAAGUCUUCUUGUUCUCAGCCCCUGGGUGAUCUGGGCAGCCUGGAGCUUGGAGAUUACAGCAGCGGCGGGUCUCCGGCGUGUACCGAACCCCUGAUACCCACCACCCCCAACGUCCCCAGCGCCGAAAUGGCCAAGAUCACCUGUAACCUGGAAACCAAAGAUCUGUGGGACAAGUUCCAUGAGCUGGGCACCGAGAUGAUUAUCACAAAAUCCGGCAGGAGGAUGUUCCCAACUAUCCGCGUCUCGCUGUCUGGAGUGGAUUCCGAGGCCAAGUAUAUCGUGUUGAUGGACAUCGUAGCGGUGGACAAUAAGCGUUAUCGCUACGCCUAUCAUCGCUCCUCCUGGCUGGUGGCGGGCAAAGCCGACCCGCCGCUCCCUGCAAGGCUCUACGUACACCCUGACUGUCCGUUCACGGGGGAGCAGCUUUCGAAACAGAUGGUCUCCUUCGAGAAGGUGAAACUCACUAACAACGAGUUGGAUCAACACGGUCACAUAAUUCUAAACUCCAUGCACAAGUACCAGCCCCGGGUUCAUAUCAUCAGGAAGAAAGACCACACCGCUUCUCUGGUCAACCUCAAAUCCGAGGAGUUCCGCACCUUCAUCUUCCCGGAAACCGUUUUCACUGCAGUGACCGCCUACCAGAACCAACUGAUCACCAAACUAAAAAUCGACAGUAAUCCUUUCGCCAAGGGGUUCCGGGACUCGUCCCGACUCACCGAUAUGGAGAGGUACUAUGUGAAAUGUAGGGAAAGUGUGGAGAAUCUCAUUCAGAAGCACACCUAUGCGCGGUCACCGAUCCGGACAUACGGGGGAGAUGACGAGGCCCUCGGAGAGGAAAGCCAGUCAGCACCGAACCGAGGAUCCGCCUUCACAACUUCAGACAACUUGUCCCUGAGCACCUGGGUUGCCUCUUCCUGCAGUUUCCCGGGAUUCCAGCACCCGCAGUCGCUGGCAAUCGCCACCACCACCGCUUCGCUCGCAGCCCCCGUCCCUCACCCCAUCCAGGGCUCCCUGCCACAGUACAGCCGCCUCGGGAUGCCCCUGACUCCGUCGGCCAUCGCCAGCUCCAUGCAAGGCAGCGGACCCACCUUCCCCACCUUCCACAUGCCCCGCUACCACCACUACUUCCAGCAAGGUCCCUACGCCGCUAUCCAAGGCCUGCGGCACUCGUCGGCUGUGAUGACCCACUUUGUGUGA